AUGGCGCAGUUUAUGGAAGCAUUGAUUAAUGUGACCAAGGGGCAGGAUGACUUGCGAGUUCUCGUCGAGAAUUCCAGAAGGGUUGAGAAUGGAGGACAUUCGAGGCUGUUUGACGAUGUAUCGAGGCAUAGUGCUGAUGGUGCACCUGAGGAAGCCGAGAGGUAUCGUCUGAUUGAAGAACGUCUCAGAGCUGUUGAAGGCAAAGGGGUGUUAGGCAUGGAUAUCAAUGACUUGGGGUUGGUUCCGGGUGUGAGGAUUGCACCGAAAUUCAAAGAUAGCUUGGCUGGAGCUUCUUUGGAGUGGUAUGUUCAACUCGAACGCACUCAUAUUCAUUCUUGGAGAGAUCUUGUGGAGGCUUUCAUUAAGCUUUAUCAAUACAAUGUUGACAUGGCGCCUAAUCGAACUCAGUUGCAGAGUUUGGUUCAAGGAUCUAAAGAAUCUUUCAAAGAGUACGCUCAGAAAUGGCGUGAGUUAGCUGCAAGAGUUCAACCACCUAUGACUGAACGUGAGAUGAUUGACAUGUUCACCAGUACAUUGUCUGGACACUAUUACUUGGCCUGCAGUGCUUCAGCCAACUUUUCUGAAAUGUUUGGAGCUUUUUCUAAUACUCCUAGUGGUAAGAAACAAGCUGAGGGUUAUGCUCGAAGGAAGGAAGGAAAUGCGGAUGCCAUAUAUGGUAGAAGGGGUUCAGGGAGAAGCAAUUCACAGGUUAAUGCUGUCAUGAUCCCAGUACCGCAACAACAACAACAUCAGCAAGGACAUCAUUCCAAUACUGAUUGCUAUCCUCCCAGGACCAGGCCUCACAGAAAGAUUGAUCCGAUUCCUAUGACUUAUGCUCAAAUGUUGCAACAUUUGCUAAAGAUUGAGAAGAUUACUUUGAGAGAUGCUCCGAGUGCUCCGGACACACAAUCUCCGAAUUACAAUGCAAACGCACGAUGUACUUUCCACUCAGGUGCCGCUGGCCAUGAUACAGAGAGGUGCAUUGCACUGAAGAACAAAGUCCAGGACAUGUUGGAUCAAAAGAUAAUUCAGUUCACUCCUACACCCAAUAUCGUCAAUAAUCCGAUGCCUGCUCACGGAGGUUCGGGUGUGAAUGCCGUUGGGAGUGAAGAGAUAAGGGUUGUAUCUGAAGUGAGUUGUUUGACCUUCCCUCUUGUGUCUGUAAAGCAACAUCUGGUCAAUAGUGGCAUCUUCCCGGGUUGUGGUGUUGACUGUGAGAAUUGCAAAAGGCAACCUGAAGGUUGUGCUGAUUUGAAGAGUAUGGUACAAAGGCUGAUUGAUGAGGGUCCUCUUCAGUUUUAUCGAAGGUUGAGAGGCGCGAAGAGUAAUGGCGGUGAAGUGUCUGUGAUCUCAAUUCCUUAUGAGCCGGUUGCUCCAAUAUGUAUCCAAGUGCCUAUUCAGAUACCUGUCAGUAUCCCGUAUGAGGAACAACCAGCGGCGUUGAUGAUUACCGUGCCUGGGCCUAUUCCAUAUGAGAGUGAGAAGGCCGUCCCUUGGCAUUAUGGUUCAGACGUGUAUUACUAUGGCACGAGGGAAGAGAGUGAGCCGUCUAAAGAGAAGCUUGUUAAGGCCUCAGUUGCAAACACUGAUAACUUCGCCGGUACUGGUAGAAUCACUCGCAGUGGUAGGAUGUUCUCUCCUCAGCCUAUUCAGAACAAUGCAGAUGCUUUGGCUAAGGCCAAAGGAAAGAAAGUAGUGACUGAUGUCCAGAAUCCUCCAAUUCAGAAUGGGGCACCUUAUAGUGCUGUGUCUUCCCAGGAUGUGGAAGAACUGUUGAGAAUUAUCAGGAAGUCUGAUUAUAAAGUGGUUGAGCAGUUGGCUCUCAUGCGAAUUGACUAUGCCGGUGUUGAGUUAAGGCCAAGUGAGUUGGUAGUGCGCGCCUUUGACGGUUCAAGAAGGUAUGUGUUCAGGGAGAUCGAAGGUGAAAUACAUGAGACUCCGUUUCAAGCGUUUGAAGCUGUGAACGCUGUGAGAACUCCUCCUUAUGAGAUAACAAAGCCAGAAACGAUUAUGUCCUCUUUGAAAGACGCUCAGGUUGUCGUUGAGACUGGAAGAGUGGAAGGAUGGGGGCAAGUAAUUGACGUGCAUCCCAAGUUUGACAAGAAUGGUCUCGGUUUCAAUCCUGGAAAGAAGAAUGCAUCGCCAAAGCCUAAUAUCCUUAGUCCGGUCAAGUUCGUGAGUGGGGGUGUCAUUCAGGACGGUCAGGUCCAUGCCAUUGUCAAUGGUGAAGAGAUGGAUAGUGACUGA